CCCCGAUCUCGCUUCGGCUUUUGUUGAUCAGCACCUCCAUCUCGAAAUUUUGUCUUAUACAGGGUUGUCUCUCAAUGACUCACACGCCGUUGUGAACAACCAACGUACUUCAUGACAUAGUUUUUCCUACUCACUGACCCCGUUCUUCCAUACCUGCCGCCAUCAUGGCAGGCACGCGCAACCUCCUUUCCGUGUUCUGCAGGGCUUCCUUCAAGUCUCCUCGGGCGCAGAAUGGAAACUCCUUUCUCGACUCAAUUGCCCCUGCCUCCAGAAGAUCAAAAAGCACAAAUUCCACCUCAGCAUUAGCAUACAAAGCUCUUCACCGACGAUCACCUCUCCCUCUACCUAUAUCCGACACUUCUCCCCAGUAUGGCGCCGCUGCAGCUGUCUCAUCGAUCCUCUACGAAACGCCUGUCGCAUCUCAGAUACCGUCUAAGAAACACGUUCUAAAUUGCUUGGUGCAAAAUGAGCCGGGUGUCUUGUCUCGAGUAUCAGGUAUCUUGGCGGCCAGAGGUUUCAAUAUCGAUUCUUUGGUCGUGUGUAAUACGGAAGUGGAAGAUCUGAGUCGCAUGACAAUUGUAUUGAAAGGUCAGGAUGGCGUGGUGGAACAAGCUCGACGACAGCUAGAGGAUCUGGUCCCUGUCUGGGCUGUGCUCGACUAUACCUCUGCUGCUCUUGUGCAACGUGAAUUGCUACUUGCCAAAGUCUCCAUCCUCGGUCCCGAAGUUUACGAAGAACUGAUGGAGCAUCACCGAGAAAUGACAAGCCAAGAAUUCGGUGGAGCAAGUGAGGGCGACACGGAAGCUGUGGAGGAGGGUGCCGAAAGACGACUACAGGAGCUCGAGGAGGGCAAGCCAGAAGAGGCGGGCUUCAUCCAACGGGCAAAGGAGAUGUUGGGUCAGGAACCUAGCUACCAUCCGGGCCGACUAGCUGCCAGCCAGGCUCUGCGACACAAACAUGAGCAUCUUGAAGCGAUCACUCACCUGACUCAUCAAUUCGGAGGAAAGGUUCUCGACAUCAGCACGAACAAUUGUAUCGUGGAAGUAUCCGCUAAGCCAAGCAGAAUCGAUUCAUUCAUGAAGUUGAUCGCCCCCUUCGGUAUUCUGGAGUCUACCCGAACGGGUCUGAUGGCACUACCGAGAUCUCCAUUGUACGGACCGAACGAAGAACUACAACGAGAGGCGGACGAGGUGGUUGAUGCAAGCACUCUGCCUCCUGGUUAGACUGGUCGCAAAUGUAUCAUGUUGGGUCUGGCCGGCGCCUGGAAUGGUGGAUUUGUUUGGGUGUGGGCUGGCUCUGUCACUUUGUAGUGGUUGGUGCCAGUACAGUAUUGUCGUUCAAACGAGGUCAGCUAUGCGAAUAAGCUCGAAAGACUUGAUGCAUUCUAUGUAUUUCACGAUGCCAUAAGCUGUGUCAGUGGACACACUCGAUGUUAGCCUUCACCCGUUUGUCUGAUAGUGUUAGUAAAAGCGGCGACAGGAAGUUUUCACUUAUCUAUCACAUCGUCAUGACCCGU